AUGCUUACCGACACAUCCAGGGCAACGUCAACAGGACCAGCUCUAUCUCAACAGCCCUCUGCUCUCGGCUCCUCAUCAGGACUUCUCCCAUCGCCAUUCACGUCUAGAUCCAACGUCCCAGCUUCGCCAAAUCCACCCCAAUUCAGUACCACCAGCUCCAACUCUGUUCCCUUACCGUCAGAGUCGGCCGCGACCGUUCAACCCUUGAUAUUUCUCGUUGUUCCAGGCCCAACACUUGUGAAACGGAGCCUGAGAAGGAGAGUUCUGGGGGGCUUUGUGGUUGAGAAUACCAAUGAAAAUCGCCAAGAUUGCAACAACGCAAAACCCUACGACUUGGCCUUUGGACAGCUCUCAAUCGAUGGUGUUCCUGUGUUCUAUGCUGGCGAGAGCUACAAACUUCUCAACGCGGGAGGAACACCGCCAGUGGACUCCGUGACAACCACAUUCAGUGUUUCCGAAGGGGUUCUUCAGUUCUCAAACACGAUCCUGCCCGUUGAUCAGGCAAGCUUCUGCCAGGAUCGAACUGCGCAGGUUUAUAUAACCUUUGCUUCGAGGCCACCUAACUGCGACCCAGUCUCUCUCGUAGCAUACACAGUCGAACAAUGUCAAAACGGCCAGAUUGUUGUCCCCAGCUCAUCUAGUCAGGAUAUGGGCAGUUCGAGAUUGUCGGCCACGAGCUCAAGCCUCGUAGGAUCCUCGAGCAGCCCAACACACACCGCCGUCAGUCUCAAUCACUACAUUAGGUUCGAUGGCGACGCUGAGCCCGCCCUCAAGCCUUUCAUCGUCGUCGCCCUUUCGCAGUGCUUCGCUGUCAUCUUUGUCGGCGCCGCCUUCCUUGCCAACAUCCCCUUCGCCAUCUCUACUUUCGUCGUCGUCGUCGACAACGAGCUCUCUUAUUCGAGCGUCAACAGUAUCCACCUCGGAGAGUGUCGUAAACCCCACCUCAACCGCAAUAUCAACGCCGUCUUCGGCAGUUGUUUCCAACCCCCCUUCAAUUACUUCAUCUACUUCAAGCCUCAACAACAGCUCUUCACUCCUUACGAUGAGUCCAUCCAGUACUAUCCUCGGCUCUUCGUCCAUGAUGAGCGAUUUCUCCUCAGCAAGUCAAACAACACUAAUCUCGCCUUCAUCACCUGUAUCGAGCCUAUCGACCGUGUCCAGCUCCUUCACACUAUCAAGCUCCUCCGUCACAGUGACUCCUCCGCCAAUCUCAAAUCCUUCCGGGACCUCCAGAUUGAGCGCAUCGCCCACGGAAAGCUCUCCGUCAAGUACGGGUUCUUCGCCUGCCUCGACAUCCUCGCCAGAAUCAAGUUCCUCGCUUGUACUGAGUUCCUCGCCCACAAUAGAUUCUUUGCCUGUUUCAACUUCCUCCCCGACGACGAGUUCUUUCUCGAACACAACGGUUUCUUCGCCCAUUUCGAGUUCCGUACCCUUCUCAAGCUUUUCAAACACAACGAGUCCGCCGCCCAUACCAAGUCCUCCAUCCGCCACAAGUUCUACCUCUUCAUCGAUGAGCUCAACUUCUUCAUCCACUGGACCUGGACAAACCUUUUGCGCUACCGGGAACAUGAUGAUCAGACGAGCUAA